AUGGGCAGCAGCCAUGACAAAAGCCGGCUGCUUGCCCAGUGGUUCAAGUGGUUUGCACCUUCACUCUGCGUGUUGGGCGUUUUCCUGAUAGCAACCCAGGUCGGCACCUAUCCGCAAUAUGUAGCGACCCUGCUGGUCGUCUCGAUGCUGAUAGGUACCGCACUGACGGUACUGGUCGGUUUUGCGCGCUGCAUCACGCUGGCAAGCGGCGCCAUGCUGGCGCUCGGCGCGUAUGGCUCGACCAUCCUGGUCGCCAAAUUCGGAUUUCCAUUUAUUCCUGCGCUUCUAAUGGGCGCCGUCAUAGGCGGUAUGGGCGGCUUCAUCCUGGGCCUGCCAGCAGUUCGCUUCCGCGGACACAACCUGGCCAUGGUGACGCUGGUGUUCCAGUCGGUGGUCAUCAUCGGACUGCGUGAAUGGAAAUCCAUGACCGAGGGCGCAGCAGGCCUGCAGGUGCCGCUGGUCACCAUUGCAGGCAUGGAGCUCAAGAGCGAUAUUUCCUAUCUGGCCUUUGCUGCCAUCGUCGCCGCCAUUGUUUUGCUGAUACCCAUAGGCCUGCUGAUUGGCCGCUUCGGCAGAAACCUCAAGGCCAUUGCCGGCAAUGAGGUGGCCGCACAGGCUUUCGGCAUCUCGAUUGCCCAGCACCUGAUAGCUGCCUUUGUCAUCAGCUCAGCCGUGCUGGCCAUUGCAGGUGGCCUCCAGGCGCCGCGCUCACGCAUCAUCGACCCGGAGAGCUACGGCAUCCUGGCCUCCAUCGCUACCCUCGCCUACCCCAUCGUUGGCGGCAUGAGCAGCGUCUGGGGCGGCCUGCUGGGCGGCACCACCUUGCGCCUGUUGCCCGAAUUGCUCAGACCGGUGGCCGAUUACCAGGAACUGCUGUUUGCCGGCCUGGUGCUGCUGACGGUGCUGUUUUUCCCCGGCGGUAUAGCGGGGCAGCUGGCAAAACUUCGACGGGCCAGGCCCGCAGAAGCAUCCGGCCAGACGCAGACCGGCAAAGCACCGGCACAAACAACCCCCCUGCCAACGCAGGUGGACACAUCAGCGCUGCUUCAUGUGGGCAAUGUCAGCAAGUCUUUCGAUGCGCUGCGCGCCGUCGACAACCUCACCCUGUCGGUUCACCCCGGCGAAAUCCUUGGCCUGAUGGGCCCCAACGGCGCAGGCAAGACCACGCUGUUCAACAUGCUCUCGGGUUUCACCAAACCUGACACCGGCAGCAUCAGCGCUUUCGGGCUGUCCCUUGAAAAAGAAGGCGCCACCAGCCGCAUGUCGCACGGCAUCACGCGCACCUUCCAGCACGUUGCCGUGUUUCGCGACCUCAGCUGCUACGACAACGUGGCCAUCGGCCUUGGCGGCAACAGCAUCAUGCGCGUUAUGGGCGGGAGUUUUUCUGACCUGGCAGCUCGCGCAGCCGCCAUCACAGAAGGCACACCAGAACAGGUCAUGGCCAACGAGUCUGUCCAACAGCUUUAUUUCGGGAAGACAGCCGAUGCUUGA